UAUUUGUUCGCAGAGGAAGCCGUUGCUUUCUGGGAUCUGGUUACAGCCUGAAAGACGUCUGCUCCAAUAAGGGUGUUUCAGAAAAUACCUGGGAGCUGGAAGAGUCAAAGACACCAGCAAGCUCUGGAUUUGGGGUUCUUUGUCCAUGGGCGCACCAUCUGCGCUCAGCUUGUGAGCUUCCUUCUAGGAGAAAGCAGCUAUGGCAUUGAAGAAUGUACCGUUUCGCUCAGAAGUCCUAGCCUGGGACUCUGACAGCCUUGCAGAUUACUUCAAGAAGCUGAACUACAAAGACUGUGAAAAGGCAGUGAAGAAGUACCACAUUGAUGGGCCACGGUUUCUGGCCCUGACAGAAAAUGACAUCCAAAAGUUCCCCAAGCUCCGCGUGCCGAUUCUCAGUAAGUUAAGUCAAGAAAUCAACAAGAAUGAAGAGAGGAGGAGCAUCUUCACACGCAAACCCCAAGUCCAGCGGUUUCCUGAAGAGACAGAAAGCCACGAAGAAGACAAUGGGGGCUGGUCAUCCUUUGAAGAAGAUGACUAUGAAAGUCCCAUUGAGGAUCAGGAUGGGGAGGAUGACGAUGACUAUGAGUCCCCCAAUGAGGAGGAAGAGGCUCCGGUGGAAGACGACGCCGAUUAUGAGCCACCACCCUCCAACGAUGAGGAAGCCCUGCAGAGUUCCAUCCUGCCUGCCAAGCCUUUCCCCAACUCCAUGUACAUCGACAGGCCCGCCUCCGGGAAGGGCCCCCAGCAGCCUCCUGUGCCCCCUCAGAGACCAAUGGCUGUUCUCCCUCCCCCACCAGCCAGCAGGAAUCCUGUGCAGCCACUACUCCCACCCCAGCCUAACCAGGAAGAUCCUAGUAGAAGCAGAAACCCUAAAACACCCCAAAAACUCCCUGCUCCUUCCAUUGACAGAAGCAAGAAACCUCCCCUAGAUCGGUCCUUAGCUCCAUUUGAGAGAGAGCCCUUCACACUAGGAAAGAAACCAGCAUUUUCUGACAAGCCCUCGGUUCCGGCAGGCAGGCCUCUCGGGGAGCAUUCACCCAAGAUACAAAGGCCUCCUUUACCACCAGCCACCGAAAGACAUGAAAGAAGCCCCCUGCCAGUGAAGAAGCCACCUGUGCCAAAGCAUGGAUGGGGACCAGACAGAAGAGAGAAUGAUGAAGACGAUGUACUUCAAAGACCUCUGCCCCAGCCAGCACUUCCCGCCAUGAGUUUCAAUACUUUUCCUGCAAGAUCCACCAAGCUGACCCCCAAGCAUUCCCUCCCAUCGCCUCACAUGCCUGGAACAUUCUCAGAAAGUAACAGUAAUUUCCCACAGAGUGCCUCGCUGCCACCAUACUUCUCUCAAGGCCCUAGCAACAGACCUCCUCCCAGAAUUACAGCUGAAGGCAGGAGCUUCCCCUUGCCAGUUUCCAGCAAACCACCACUGCCAUCCCCCGAGGAAAACGAGGUUUCAUUAAAUGAAGAAUGGUACGUUUCUUACAUUACCCGACCAGAGGCAGAAGCUGCUCUUAGGAGGAUAAACCAGGAUGGCACUUUUCUGGUUAGAGACAGCUCUAAAAAAACAGUAGCCAAUCCAUAUGUCCUCAUGGUGUUGUACAAAGAGAAGGUUUAUAACAUCCAGAUCCGUUACCAGCAGGAAAGUCAAGUUUACUUGUUGGGAACUGGACUCCGAGGGAAAGAGGACUUUUUUUCUGUAGCAGAUAUUAUCGACUACUUCAGAAAAAUGCCACUUCUGCUCAUUGAUGGGAAGAACCGAGGUUCCAGAUACCAGUGCACGUUAACAUAUGCUGCAGGGUACCCGUAGCAAGUUAGCCAAGGAAAUGAACCUUCCUCUUGCCUCUGUUGCCGACACAGGAAGAUCUGUCAACCUUAGGGAAUGGACAAAGCUUGGGACUGAAUAGAGCCCCUCAACAUGGAACGCGAGCGUUCUGUUUUUUCACUUUUUAAAAAAUGUUUGAAAGGAAGACUGUCAAAUACCCCCUAAUUUAUUUAUUAUUCUUCAGUGUUUGUAAAGUGCCUGAGUAAUAACGUUCAUGCAUAAAGUCUAGUAGUGCACUGUAAUAAUUCAUUUAAACAAAACAGAUGUGUAUUUUUGAAUACCCAUUUCAACGUACAGUAGUUUACACAGCUACAGAAAACAUCUGGAGCAAUUUUAAAAACAUUGAACUGUAAGAGUUUUGGGUAUCACCUGAAACUUUCUUUUUUUAAGUAGACUUUUGUCAGACAGAGGCAAUCAUCAGUUUUAUACAUAUAAUUUGAAAACUACUAAAAUUCACUUUCUCAGCAGGAAUAAUUUAAGAGGCUUAAAUAUACUAUUUUAUUCUUACUUAUUUGGUGGUAUUUGCUGGGGGGAUUUUUGUGUACUUUUUUAUGAAAAGAUAAAAGCAUGUUGGGAUAACUUCCUGGGAUUAAAAUUAAUUUGUCUUUUUGCUCUACUUUUGGGCUCCUAAAACAACUUUAUUGACUUAACUACUUAGUACAUCUAUUAUUUGUAAUUGUUGUUUUGAAGCAAAUUUAAGCUACAAAUACCAACAGAAAAACAUUUUAAAUUAGAGAUGAGGCACAAACUUUGGUGUCUAAUACACCUAGGUGUAAGUUGGCACUUCAUCACAUUCCCAUGCCCACAUCCUGUCCCCCCCCAACUCCAAAAGCAUUGCCAAGUGAUGUAGACUUCACCCAAGGCGUCCUGAGCACAUAAACAAGCAAUGCACAUACACAGAAAAAUUUAAUCAUGCUUUUCUAGUAGAUACUUUCUCUCUCCGUCUCUUUUUAUCCCUCUGACAACUGUCAUAAAGCCCCUUCUCUUCGUCCCUUCCAAAAAGGUUCUCUAAGUCCUCCAAAGCAAUCUACUUCUCUCCUUCAGUUUACCUAUCUCGCUUAACAAAAAAGUAGUAGGCAUUUAGCAAAACGAAAACCUGAUAUUCAGCAAAACAGUGACGAUUGCUUUUUAAGUUUUUCUCUUUGGGACCUAUUAUUCCACAUCUGUUAUCAAUCAUGAAAAUUUUUGGUUUCUCUGCUUAAUCUGUAAGUUUUCUGAGUAGCAAAAAAUAUCUCGCAUCUUCAUGUUCAUGAGCUAAUAGAAUAUUGGAAGGGGUCUUAGAAGUCAUCUGGUUCAAACUGAUGAAUUUCUAAGGUGACGAGUCAGUGGAGACUUUUAACCAUUGUUGAUGAAAAUGGCGUUUCACAAAAACUCAUGCUACAAAAUGGAUGUUCUCAAUUGAGGGUCCAGAACUUAGGCAGUUCUAAAGCUGAAAAACCCUGUAUUCAUUUACAUGUUUAUUCAACAGAAUAUUCAAUGAGCAUUUGGUUAAUGUCCAUUCUGUGUUAAACACUGAGCUAGGUGCUGCUGGGUAGUGGCAAUAGCAGGCAACUCAAGUUCUGCUUUGGAGUGAGCUGAAUUUGUCCCUUGUUUCACCGUAUCCUUUAUGUUCAAAAAUAUCUAAAAUCAAAGACAUAGCAAAAUUCAAAGCAUCUAUAUUCUACUGAAUCACGUUUAUAAGGUAAACAAAGCUUAUUUUCAGUCUCUUCUGUGAAAGAGAACAGAAAUUAGGAAGUUUUAGGAUGAAGGUAUUCUAUUCCACUGCUAUGACUGAAAUCAGUGGUGUGCAGCUCAUGUUUUUAUAUGAUUAACAUUUUUUUUAAUUGUGCUUUAGAUGGUUUACAAAGCAAAUGAGUUUCUUAUUAAAUACAUAGUUUUGUGACAUUAGUUGCCAACCUCACAACAUGUCAACACUCUCCCCUUCUAAUCCUUCGGUUCCCCCUUACCAGCUUUCCUGUCCCCUCCUGCCUUCUCGUCCUUGCCCCUGGGCUGGUGUGCCCAUUUAGUCUCAUUUUGUUUUAUGGGCUUGUAGAGUCUUUGGCUGAAGGGUGGACCUCAGGAGUGACUUCAGUACUGAGUUAAAAGGGUGUUCAGGGGCCAAACUCUUGAGGUUUCUCCAGUCUCUGUCAGACCAGUAAGUCUGGUCUUUUUUUGUGAGUUAGAGUUUUGUUCUAACUCCAGCUCUGUCUGGAACCCUCUAUUGUGAUUCCUGUCAGAGCAGUCGGUAGUGGUAGCCGGGCACCAUGUAGUUAUGUUGGACUCAGUCUGAUGGAGGCUGUGCUGGUUGUGGUCCGUUAGUCCUCUGUACUAAUCUUUCCCUUGUGUCUUUGAUUGUCUUCAUUCUCCCUUGCUCCAAACAGGGGGGAGGGGGUUGGGAGGGGCAGUGGAGAAUCUUAGAUGGCCACUAUGAUUUAAACCCCUGUGCCGUCGAGUUGAUUCCGACUCACAGUGACCCUGUAGGACAGAGUAGAACUGCCCCACAGAGUUUUCAAGGAGCGCCUUGUGGAUUUGAACUGCCGACCCUCUGGUUAGCAGCCGUAGCACUUAACCACUAUGCCACCAGGGUUUCCACGCCACUAUGAUUAGCACUCUUUAUCUUCUUCCUCAGGAACCAGCGACUCCAUUUUUUUGGCAGGGCCCUGCCUCCUUUGGCUACACACCUGGCAUAUGACCCCAGCCUUGCCAAUCACAACUGCUUAGCACUCAACUUAGAGAACGGCAUCUUACCAAAACUUGGAGUUGUCUGCUGCCAUGCCUCUACCCACUUCUUCCCACCAUGGGGGAAACUAGUCUAUAAUAGCAGAGAAUGAGGCUGACACACAGAAACUGAAAGACAUUUGAUAAUUAGUGGAGACCUUGAAAUUUACUCCAACCACAGACUUCCAAGUCACAGGACCCAAUAAAUGCUUCAGCUAGCUUGAGUUGAUUUUACGGCAACCAGGAGAGUUCUGAUUAAUAUAAACUCAUACACUCCACUAAUAAUUUAUUCAGUCUCUUUUAAUCUGAGCCAAAUUCAAGUAUAAGUGAAAGGAUAAGCAGUGUCCAUGGCCAAUUUCCUGUGUCAUACUCUUGCCCAUUAGUGAAAUAAACAAUUCCUUGAAACAUUAAAACAACAAUGAAAUAGCCUUCAAGACUAUGAAAUGAUUCUUUACAACUCUGCUUAUAUUUAUUUUGUUUUAUAUUAUAUUAAAUAUACGAAUAAACUGAAUUCUCCCAGAUUUAAAAAAAAUUCUACAACAAAUACUGUUAGCAAUUCACAGCAAACAAGAAAUCAGGCAGAAAAACUAUUAAAAGCAAGGGAUACGUCUGACAAUUCAGACCCUUCAAAGGGGAGGCUGUUUUUUUCUGUUUCAUUUAAGUCCUCUGUCUUCACAGGAUUAUUGAAAUGUAGAAUAAGAUCACAUAGCAGUAACUGGGAGAGCUCUGUAUAAAGCAAAACAAUGGAAGAUAUUAAUAUCAUUGCAGCACAUAUGUGAGAGAGAGAAAUUCUGUUGCCUUAAACAGCUAUUCCCAAAUUCCAAAUUCAGUUUUUUUCAAGUUACGUUGAUCCAACCACAACUUAUGUCCCAUUUUGACUUAAAAUCAGAUUUAUGUACUACAAAAUAAGAAUGACGAAUUUUAUUAGAAGGGCCAUCAGCCAAACUGGUCAGCUAUCUUACUAAACUGCAGACUGAUUUAUAUAAAUCUUAUUUCUACAUUAUUUAAGUUAUACAUAUAAAAGUGUAAAGGCUCUGAUAGGUCUAUAAGGCUAGUUUCAAAAACAGCAGUUCCUACCCUCUAAGAGGCAAUCACUUUCAACUGUUUUAGCUUACUUCGGUCUUACUGCUUCUGUUACUGAUUUUUUUUUUUUUGGUGGGGGGGGUAUUUACCUCCAUAUCUUUACAUGAUGUGCUUCUGACAUGCUUAUUUUGUUUUUUUCAAUUUUAGGUAUUAUCUGCUUCUGACUACAGAUUAAGACUUAGUUCUCUUUACUCACUGCCCUGUCCACACAAUAUAUUUAUAGUACAAUUUUUUUCUAGCUCAAUGUUUAAAGUAUUUUAUUACAUAAAUAUUUUUCAUAGCUGAAUUCUGUGGGAAGAUAUUUACUUGCCUGCAAACACCAACCCCUCACCCCAAGUUAAUAAUUGUUUUGUUUUUUCAUUGCUUAAUUAUCACAAAUAUAGCCCAAAUUUCUCCUGACUGGGUAAAUCUCCUCUUGAUGCCUUCAAAUACUUUAGAUAUUCUAUGUUGGAAAAUUCUCCCCCCUCCUGAAGCCUUCUGAAAGGGUUGUUCUCUAGGACUGCUGUACAGCUCACAUCUUGUUAACUCCUUUUACCACGAUCCUGGAGACUCCUUUCACCUCUUUUGUGUUGAAUGCCCUAUUUGCAGAAUCUCUUCUCUUUUUCAUCUGCUCUAUUGUUUGAUGGAAAACAGUCUCAACUUCCCAAGGGAAAAAUUAUAUGGGCUGAAAAUUUCUCUCUUAACACUCAUUUCAGAUUAAGUGACUGAGUAUAGAUAUCUAGGUUGGAAAUCAUGUUUCCUCAGAUUUCUAAAGGCAUUGCUGCAUUGUCUUCUAGCUUCCACUCCUGUUAAGAAUUUUCAUAUGAUUCUGGUUACCAAUCCCCCCCCCCUUUUUUUUUUUAACUCUUUGGAAGCUUCAAGGAUUUUUUGUUCUAGUUUUUUCUAGGUUUCACAAUAUUGUGUUUUCAUCCAUUGUAUUGGACUCUUUCAUUGUAGAAACUCAUGUCCUUUAGUUCUGGGCAAUUUUCUUACAUUUUAUCUUUGAUGAAUUCUUCCCCUCCUUUGUCCUAUGUUCUCUAUUUCUAACCUGCUAUUUAUUGGAUGUUGUGCCUCCUUGACUGAUCUUAUUUUUUUCCCUAAUAAUUCCUAUCUUUUUCUGAUCUACAAUCUAGAGUUUCUUCAUUUUCUACCAAAACCCUUUUAUAGAAUUUCUCCUGUCGUAUUUUUAAUUUCUAAGAGCUCCUUUUAUUCUUUAAAUUUUUUUUUUUUUUAGAGUAUCCUGUUCCCUUUUCAUGAACUCACCAUCUUCUCUUACCUCUCUGUGCAUAUUAAUAGUAGUUUUCAUCUCCCUUCAUAAUCACUGUUUCUUCCUCAUUGAAUCUACUUGUUUCUGCUUUCACAUUACAUGCUUUUCUCAAACAUCUGUUGUACCAUAGCUGUCUGUUUAUAUUUAACACCAGGGCACUAAGAAGACAGUCUGAAGCACUAUGCCCAUGGUAGUCGAUACUGUGGGGUUUUCUGGUUGGGUUAUUUUGUUGGCGAACCUCUGCUAUCAGUACCUAUAGGUCUUUUCUCUUAAGCUAGUCAAAUUCCUGAAAAUAGAAUCUGCUUAGAAGGUAUAAAUCUGGCUGAAAUUAAAAGCUGGGAGUCUUAUAAUCAGGUGUAUAAACUUUGUCUUAAUAUUCCUGUUUUCACUGUGGUAAUCCCACCCUUAAUUUGUGGCUAGUGGCUCCAGGCCAGACAUUCCUUGUUCUACCCUCUCAGUGAAUAAAGCUUUUGAGUUUUCUGUCACAGAGAAGCCCAGUUACGCGUGGGGAGGGAGGGAGCCUCAGGGGUCCACAGCUUCCUGCACAGACACUUAACUAGUCCUCCUCUUCUCAGCCCCACCUUCACUCACAAAUGUAGAAGACUCCUGAGUCACUACUUCUUGAGUCUAUGGGGGCUGUUUCUUGGCUUUAUCCAGUCAACUUAGGGUUCAGAUUUUGGAGGUCUAUUUAAAUGUUAUUACUUGUUUAUUUGCUACCCAUUUACUCCCCCCCCUUUUUUUUUCUUUUUGUUAUCUCUUCUUCAUAUUUAUCUUGUAGGUUUCUGUCUUUUUGAAAUAAUUUUAUAUUUAAAUCUCAGAUCUGCCACUUGCUAGUUGUGUGAUUUUAGGAAAGUUAGUUAACCUCUUCAUGCCCAUUUCCACAUCUGGAAGUGCUGAAGACAACAGUUUCUACCUCAUAGGGUUGUUAUGAAAAUUAAGUGAGUUAAUUUCUGUAGAACAGUUGGAAAAGUGUCUGGAUUACAGUGUUAACAAGUGUUAACAAGUGUUAGCCAUUGCCAUUAUUAUUUUGGACAGGAAGUGGGGGUAAACUGGGUCUUCACUCAAUCCACCAUGUUUACCAGUAGUCUACCCUCCUAGUCUGACUCUACAGUCCCUUGUAUCCUAACUGCUUGGCCUACCCACAAAAUUCUUCAGGAACACAGCUAUCAUUUCUAUUUUAUUUCAUAGAAGAAUAAUCCCCAACUGGAAUAGUUAGAACAGGUUUAAGAGAAACCUGAAGCUUCCCAACUCUUUUAAAUGAGUUCAGACAUCCAGAACCAUUUAUUCAUUUAAUAAAUAUUUUCCAAAGAAAAUAUUUUCCAAGAACCUAUUAUAUCAAGGCACUGGGUUAAGAGCUGUAACACCACUGAGGAGCUUACAUUUGAAUGGGGAGAGAAAAAACAAGUAAACAUGCAAUUACAGUAAUACAGUGUGACAGUUGAUAUGGAAGGGUAGAAGGGGUACCACACUUGCUCAAAAAAUUUCUCUAGUGUAAGUGACCUUGACUAAUAAGUAGCAGUUCCCUGGUGUGGUGGGGUUGGGAACGCAGCAGUAGGCAUUGCAGAGGGAGAUUAUGUGUGAAGGCACAGACACAAAAGAGAACAGGUGUGACUAUGCAAAUAGUUUAGUAUGACUGAAGCACAGAUAUGCAAGGAGAAAAGAAUAAGAGACUGGAAAGGUAGACUGAGGUCUGAUCACAAAAGGUUUUAUAGUCCAUUCUAGGAGGUUUAGACUUUCUCCAGAUGACAAAGGUGAGCCAGUGGGGGUUCUCAGCAGGAAGAUACAAUUGAGAUUUGCAUUUCAGAAAGAUAAUUCUAGCUGUAAUGCUGAGAAUAGUUUUGAAAGAUGGAUUAAACAAAGCUAACCGGACUUCUUUACACCAGACCCCUCAGAACCUUUGUUUGCAUGCAUUGUGGUUAUGAGAAGUAAUACAGUAUAUGGCAUAAAACACAACCCUAACUUAUUUGACCAUAAGAACAUGAACUCCAGUCUUUUUGUUUGUUUUGUAUU